CAUUGCUAUCUUGCCCCCCUCGGUGGAUUUAACCCAGUUCCAUCAUGGCGGCUAGCAGAGUAGCAUGUAUGGGGUUAAAUGCCUUUUAUUCCACCAUUUACGCACCGAAGCAGGCCCUGAGGAGCUGCUGGGGAGCAGUGACGCAGGUGAGAAGUUACUAUGUCGACUGGAGGAUGCUGAGGGAUGUGAAGAGAAGGCAGAUGGCCUUUGAGUACGCCGAUGAGAGGCUACGAAUUAAUGCUCUGCGGAAGAACACCAUCCUGCCCAAAGAACUCCAGGAAAUAGCAGACAAGGAGAUUGCAGCCCUGCCCAGAGACAGCUGCCCAGUGAGGAUACGCAACAGGUGUGUGUUCACUUCCCGACCCCGAGGAGUGAAGAGAAGAUGGAGGCUGAGUCGUAUCGUCUUCCGGCAUCUAGCUGACCACAAUCAGAUGUCUGGAAUCCUGAGGGCAAGGUGGUGACUGUGGCCUUGUUGGACUCGUUAGAUUGUGUCAUUAAAAAACAUUUUUGGCAGGAGGGAGGACGUCGGCGUUUCAAACUUCUGGACACAUUCUGUUGGCUGUGUGGUCAUCUGCACAUGUUUUCCUGUGGUAAUGUAGAAACAAUGACAUUCGUGGGAAGAGAAAAUAUCAGUUUCACUUAAUGUGUAUCUAAAAUGAUUAAUAAAUGUUGCUGUAAGUGAUCUGUC